CCCUGGUGGUGUAGUGGUUAAGUGCUACAGCUGCUAACCAAGAGGCUGGCAGUUCCAAUCCGCCAGGUGCUCCUUGGGAACUCUAUGGGGCAGUUCUGCUCUGUCUUAUACACUCGCUAUGAGUCGAAAUCAACUCGACGGCAGGGGGGUUGGUUUUGGUUUAUCUCUUUAAAUAAAUAAUUUUAUUCACAUACAUGCUUCUAAAAACAUAUUUUCACUGGAUUGACUGCUGUAUCUGUACUACUUACUGAAUAUCAUUUUGCUCAUAAAAUAUUAAAACCAAAAACCAAACCCAUUGCCACAGAGGCAGCUCCAACUCAUAGCAACCCCAUGUGUUUCAGAGUAAAACUGUUCUCCCAUUGGGUUUGCAAUGGCCGUGAUCUUUUGGAAGUAGCUUGCCAGGACUUUCUCCUGAGGCUGUUUCAAACUGCCAAUCUUUUGGUAGGUAACAGAGCGCAAACCAUUUGCGCCACCCAGAGACUCCCAUAAAAUAUUAACCUAUGACAAAAUUUAAAAAUAAAUAAUAAGUGAGCACCACUUUCCUGAGUGUUGAGGAGAAAGGUAUCAUGGAAAUACUGCUACCAAGGUUUUUUCCUAAGAAUUAUAUUAUGAUGUAUGUAAUAAAUGGUUCAGUGUGUUACAGUUCUAGCUGUUGCCAAGCAACGAAAGACUCUUGGCCUUUUUUUCUUUUUCAUUUCUAUUCCUUUAAUGCCUUAUUCUUCCUUUCAUGGAGAAAAAAUGUUUUUCUGGAAAGGAAAGCCUACUCUGCAGUCAUUUAGAAGCUUAAUCAGUCACUUUAUGCUUGAUUAGCCCUAAUCCUGGAAAUUAUUGGAAAUAUAAGAUUUUAUAGAGUUAAAGGGAAAAGUGUCAUCAGAAGCUCUUAACUUAAAAUCCUAAAAAGUUUAUAAACAUAAAAGGCCACAGAUAUGGAUUCACAGUGUACACCUGGACAGAUAAGUAUCCCUAAAGGGUCCAUCCUUUCAGCAACAAAGGGUGUUAAUACCAUGGACUAUCCACACUACUGUGAUCUCUUAAGAAAAAUGAACAUGCCUUUUGUGGCAGGAAUUGAGGACAGACAUGACUAUGGUAGAUUUGAAAAGAAAUGCAAUCCUACUUUUCUUAAGUUUCACCCUUAUCCCCCUUCAGUCCUGCCAGACUAUCACCUCCACUAUCCUUAUCCCCCACCGUAUGGACCAAAUUAUCCGUUAUUUCCACUUCGGGAUGAUGAGCCCUUAGGUGAUCCUUGUUCACAGUUUUUGAGUCCUGGUGCUGAUGCUGAUUUAAAGCCUGGUGUUGGCAGGACCAUACCAAACCUGGUGGAUUUUAGUGAUGUGAAACCUCAACAGCGAGUUCCCAGACCAGACUCAGGGUUUAAUACGACGAUAAAAAGACAAAAAAUUCUAUUAGAAGAACUACAACAGGACAAGAGGUGGAAUUCCAGGGCAGUACCAGACAUUUCCAUCAGGGCAAAACUUGGAGGUUGGACAAGUCCACUGAAAAUUACUCCUCUAGAACCUCUUCAUGAAAGAUGCUCAAUAAAUCACACGUAUACAUUUGAUGAGGAGGCAACAUGCACAGAUGACGGUGAACCACUUUUUCAACCAAACAAGAAAUAUAAUGCAAAGGAUUCAUUUUACAAGUCUUCUACACAAAAAGCUUAUGAAGAUGUUCCUUGGGACAAAAUGCUACCACCGAAACUUGAUCCAGAAGAAACAACAAUGGAAAAAGCUAGUGACCUCAUCUCACAGUGUUUUACUCUGAAAAGAUACGAAAAACUACCAGCAAUAACUCAGAUGGUUGGUGGACUCUGGGACAGAUUUCAAACAAGAUCUUUCUUGGCACCAGUCAAGCCAAUUAACUUUGUGAGUCCAAGUUCUAGAAGUAAAUACAUUCCUCUCUAUACUGGUUAUGUGGAGUCCACAAAUGCUGAUGAUGUUGACAAUCCCUUCGGAGACCUGACAUCUCUAGCCAAGGCGCGGAGCUCUAAACCCUUGUAUACAGACACGAGUCGCUCUGGCAACAUCCCAGGAUACACCGGCAAGGUUCAUUUCACAGCCACCCACCCAGCAAAUUCUAAUAUUCCACCAACAACCCCAUCACCAGACUCAGAAGUGCAUCGCAUCUUACGGAAAGACACGGCAGUGGACUUUUUCCAUCACCAGGGGCCUCUGUCUCGAAUGGUCACAACUGUGAAACCCUACAACCCUUUCAACAGAAAGGAAAAAGAAACUGUAGACUACUGAAAGAGACCAGCCUGCUGAGUGAGACUGCUAAGACCUCAGUGUCGGCAUUCCACACAGUGUGGUGGGAAAUAAAGGUGCCUGGCCUGUACCCAGGGUGUCUGUAAUGCCAGUAAGCCCCCUGUGUCCUCUUCCUGCCUAAGGCAGAGUUCCUGAACCCCACCCUCGGCCAGUCUUCUGACCUGUCCGGGGGCUCUCUGCCUUGCCCUGGAAUGCUACCAUUUUGUGAUGGCAGCUGAGGCUUUCCAAAGCCACCAAUCACAGGGGUUUAUUUUAGAUGAUUUCUCUGUGAGGUUGGAACACCAGGUCUACACAGAGAUUUUGUGUCCUGUAAGUUAAUGCAAGAAUGAUAACUGUUGAGCACAGAGCAUGCAAAGGUAGAACCAAAGGGCACCAACAGAGAUGAUCUAGUCAAAACCCAUAUUUUCCCAAUGAGGACACGGAGUGACUGAGAAAGAAAGUGACAGGCCGUAACUGACAGCUGCAUUCUGCUUCUCACAGAGGGGACAACAUCACCUGGGAGAUGACAUUGCAUGGGGAAUGAUGUUGAGGAUGCAGACGGGACUAAAUCCUCCCUUGUCCCAGUUGCUACUUCUUUCAGAGGGAGAAGUAUCCCUCAGGUUCCACGUGAUCAGGCAGAAAGUACCACCUCUGGCCACAUUAGAGUUAGAGGGUGUCAGGAAUCAGCCAUGACCCUGCACCAGCUCACAGAGCCACUGAGAGUGGAUGUGGGCUAGGGGAGAUAACUGCUGCCAUAAAUAACUAGAGCUCCAAGAAAAAUGCUUGCACUCUUUUGAGAGUAAUUUGGCGCUGCUAAACUCACAGAAGUCUCUGGGUGAUGUAAACAGUUAACACACUUGCCUGCUAACCAAAAGGCUGGAUGGAGGUUUGAGUCCACCCAGGGUAACCUCGGAAGAAAGGCCUGGUUUACCUACUUCGGAAAAAUUAGCCAUAGAAAACCCUAUGCAGUUCUACUCUGACACACAUGGGGUCAGAAUGAGUUGGAGUCAACUCAAAGGCAACUAACUGGUGGUAUUAUCUCACAGGAAGGGAAAAGCAGCUCUUUUGAUUUGAAAUCCUAUAUUGCCUCAGUUAAAAAUGACCUAGGCUUUGAACUGAAUCUGAAGAACAUGUCUGUGUGCUGCUUUCCGGGCCUGCUCUGGGCUGUGACAAACAGGAAGAUAAGCAGCCAUGUUCCUGAAUACCUGCCUGGCCCUCAAGACAAGUCUGAUCUUGUAUAAUUAUACUCAGAAAGAGCAAUUCUAUAAAAAUCCAACCAAAAUAAAAAUCUUUGUCUCUGGAAGACUUUCACCAAAACACAAAUGGAAAAUAUUAGCCUCAUCCUAGAGGUAGAUUCAUUUAGUUCACUGAGAUCACCUUCUUUGGUGAAUAUCCUAGGCAGGCCACUUUGUCAGCAGGUGCUACCGUCCAAACUCUUGGACCGCUCUUCAUCAUCUGGAUCCUUCCGUGGCACUAACACCUGCUCUGGACAUUCUUUGCAGGCUAAGACGUUGUUUCCAAGCUCUGCAAUGCAGACAUCUGGGCUCCUAUCAGAGCAUGAGCACAUCUGAUGCUGCUCUUGAAGGAAAUGUUGUCUCUCCCUGUAGCCCCCUGGGCUGUAUCCAGGAGAAGACAGAUGGUGACUGUUUGCACUAUGACUAGGUCAGACUGCUCACCUUUGAAGAUAAAAUGCAAACCCUGCUCACCACAUAUAUAGACUCCAAGGUCAGCCACACCAAUGGAGAAGAUAGAAAUUCCAGUGCCCUGACUCUUACCCAUGUGUGUAAAUUGCAUUAUUUGGGUUUCCAUUGGCCAAAGCCCAAAUGGAAGAUAAAAGAAUCAAGGAAGAUAGUCUCAGGGAUAUUUAACUCCUCUUCAAGUUCUGAAUUCUUGAUGGUACCAGAUACCAACAUUCCUGGACCUCCUCAGGGAUUAUUCAAAUACUGACUCUACAGAAGAUCUUUGCAUUUUUUAUAAAACUAAUGUGGGAGAUGACGUUAGAAAUUCUUAUAAAGUUCACCUGGAAGAGAAAAUGUGAGCUAAUUACCUUCCCUUAGCAGGUAAGGACAUUACAAUGUAAUAUUUUAAAACUAUUGCAGAGGUACAACAAUAUAAAAAAUAUGAUAUUCAUGAUAGAGCAGAAUAGAAAGUCCAGAAACGAAAACAUAAAGAAAUUAUUCUAAACCCAUGAAUACAGGAUAGAUAUUUGCAAUAGAUGAUGGUGAGACAACCAUUUGGAAAAAAAGAAGAAAGGUAGACCCAGAUCUCACCCUUUAAACAAAAGUGAAUUGUUCUUUGAUCACUGAUUUAAGUGGAUAAUUGAAAGCCUUUAGACAGAUCACCUGGGAAUUUACUGGAUUGCUUUAUAAGCUUGGGUGUGUGAAAAAUCUUUUCAAACAGGACACUGAAGCCAAAAAUCAUAGAGGAAAAAACAAUUUUCUAAUGUAAAAAAUACACCAACGGAAGUCAGAAAAACCCAACGGGAAAAUAUGUCAGAUAAAGGGUUCCUACUAUUAUCAUAAAAAGAAUCCACAUUCAAAAUACGAUUACCCCAAUAGGAACAAAGCAAAGGAUAUUAGCAAAUAAAUUGAAAAAAUAAGAAAAAGGGCCAAUAAGCAAAUAAAAAUGUUUAUGCCCCAUGAGUAUUAGAGAAGUGACUAUACUAUUGCACUUUUCACACAUGAAUCUGUGUCCAUAAGAGGAGAUACAUACCUUUACACACUACUGGUAUGAGCUGGAAUCGACUCAAUGGCAAAUAACAGCAACAAUAACAACUAGGAGCUCCUUUCUAUAGGGCAUUUGGCAAAAUGUUUCCAUAGCCCUUACAAGUGGCAUGUGUUUUGACUUAACAAGCAAAUAAUUAGACAAGUGAGCAAAUAUGUUUGUAUAAAGAAGUUAAAGGUAUAUAAUUUUAAUUAAAUGAGAGAAAUUAGAAAUAACUUACUGUCCAAGAGAAAAUAUGAUAAAAGACUUGUGGUACAUAAAUAUACUGACAUACUACAUAUGCAUUAAAAAUAUAAUGUAGCUCUAUAUUUAUUAUCUUAGAAAGAUAUACAUAAAAUAUUGGUAAGUGAAAAAGCAGAUUUGACAACAGUAUGUAUCUUAUUACCCUAUUUUAAUUUUAUGCACAAACACACAUGUGAUACUUUGGAGAGCUGUACAAAAAUGUUGUUGUUGUUUUAAGGUGCAGUCAAGUUUGUUCUGACUCAUAGAGACCCUAUGUACAACAGAACAAAAUGUUGCCUGAUCCUGCCCCAUCCUCACAAUUGUUGCUUUGUUUGAGCCUAUUGUUGCAGCCACUUUGAAAAUCCAUCUCGUUGAGGGUCUUCCUCUUUUUCGCUGACCCUCUACCAAGGAUUAUGUCCUUCUCCAGGGACUGACCCCUCCUGAUGACAUGUCCAAAGAAAGUGCAACAAAGUCUCACCAUCCUCCCUUCUAAGAAGCAUUCUGACUAUACUUCUUCCAAGACAGAUUUGUUUGUUCUUCUGGAAGCCCAUGGUGUAUUCACUAUUCUUUAAUAACACCAUGAUUCAAUGCAUCAAUUCUUCUUCAGUCUUCCUUAUUCAUUGUCCAGCUUUCACAUGCAUAUGAGGCGAUUGAAAAUACCCUGCCUUGGGUAAGGCCCACCUUAGUCCUCAAAGUGACAUCUUCACUUUGUAACACUUUAAAGAGGUUUUUUUGCAGCAGAUUGGCCCAAUUCAGUAUGUCCUUUGAUUUCUUGACUGCUGCUUCCAUGGGUGUUGAUUGUGGAUCCAAGUAAAAUGAAAUCCUUUGCAACCUCAAUUAUUUUUCUGUUUAUCAUGAUGUUGCUUAUUAGUCUAGUUAUAAGGAUUUUUGUUUUCUUUCUGUUGAAGUGCAACCUAUACUGAAGGCUAUGAUCUUUGAUCUUCAUCAGUAGGUGCUUCAAGUCCUCUUCACUUUCAGCAAGCAAGGUUGUGUCAUCUCUGUAUCACAGGUUGUUAAUGAGUCUCCCUCCAAUUCUGAUGUUACUUUCUUCUUCAUAUAGUCUAUCCUCUCUGAUUAUUUGAUAACCAGAUAGAUUGAAUAAGUAUGAUGGAAAGAUAUAACUCUGAUGCUCAACUUUUCUGAUUUUAAAUCAUGCAGGUAUCCUCUUGUUAUGUUUGAUCAACUGCCUCUUGGUCUAUGCACAGGUUCCACAUGAACAUAAUUAAGUGUUCUGAAAUUCCUGUUCUUCACAAAGUUAUCCAUAAUUUGUUAUGAUCCACAGAGUUGAAUGCCUUUGUAUAGUCAAUAAAACACAGGUAAACAUCUUUUUGGUAUCAUCUGCUUUCAGCCAAGAUCCAUCUGACAUUAGUAAUGAUAUCCCUCAAUCUAUGUCCUCUUCCGAAUCUAGCUUGAAUUACUGGCAGUUCGUAGUUGAUAUACUACUGCAACUGGUUUUGAAUCAUCUUCAGCAAAAUUUAUUUGUGAUAUUAAUGAUAAUUGUUCAAUAAUUUCUGCAUUCUGUUGGAUUACAUUUCUUUGGAAUGGGCACAAAUAUGUGUCUCUUCCAGUCUGUUGACCAGGUAGCUGUCUUCCAAAUUUCUUAGCAUAGACAAGUGAGCACUUCCAGCAUUGCAUCCAUUUGUUGAAACAUUUCAAUUGAUAGUCCAUCAAUUCCUGGAGACUUGUUUUUCACCAAUGCCUUCAGUGCAGUUUGGACUUCAUUCAAUACCUUCAGUUCUUGAUAAUAUGCUACCUCCAGAAAUGGUUGAACAUCAACCGAUUCUUUUGGUACAGUGACUCUGUGUACUCCUUUCAUCUCUUUUGGGUGCUUCCUGUGUCAUGCAAUUUUUUUUUUGCCUAUAGAAUCCUUCAAUAUUAUAUCUCAAGUCUUAUAUUUUUUCUCCAGUUCUUUCAGCUUGAGAAAUGUGGAGCAUGUUCUUCCUCUUUGGUUUUCUAACUCCGGGUCUUUGCACAGUGCAUUAAAAUACUUUACUCUCUCUUCUCAAGCCAUCCUCUGAAAUCUUCUGUUCAGCUCUUUUACUUUAUCAUUUUUCCCAUUCACUUUAGCUACUCUGCGUUCAAGAGCAAGUUUCAGAGUCUCUUCUGACAUCCAUUUUGGUCUUUCUUUCCUGUCUUUAAUGGCCUUCUGCUGUCUUCAUGUAUGAUGCCCUUGAUGUCAUCCCGCACAUCUUCUGAUCUUCAGUCAUUAGUGUUCAAUUUUGAGAUGGUCUCUAAAUUCAGGUGGGAUAUACUCAAGGUUGUACUUUGGCUCUCCUGGACUUGUUUUAAUUUUUUUUUUUCAGCUUCAACUUGAACUUGAUGGUUUGUCUUGCAGUCAGCCCAUGGCCCUGUUCUGACUGAUGAUAUUGAGCUUUUCUAUUUGUUUCUUUCCAUAGAUGUAGUUGAUUUGAUUCGUGUGUAUUCUAUCCGGCAAGGUCCAUGUGUAUAGUCAUCAUUUAUGUUGCUGAAAAAAGGCAUUUCUGGUGACUAAGUUGUUCAUCUUGCAAAAUUUAUCAUGAGAUCUUUGGCAUCUUUUCUAACACCAAGGCCAUAGUUUCCAAUUCCUGGCCCUUCUUUUUUCCCCAACUUUUGCGUUUCAAUCACCAAUAAUUAUCAUUGUAUCUUGAUUGCAUGUUUGAUCACUUUCAAACUGCAGAAGUUGGUAAAAAUCUUCAAUUUUUUCAUCUUUGGCAUUAGUGGUUGGUAUGUAAAUUUGAAUAAUACUUGUAUUAUUAACUGGCCUUCCUUGUAGGCAUAUGGAUAUUAUUACUGACACCACUGUACUUCAGGAUAGAUCUUGGAAAUGUUCUUUUUGAUGAUGAAUGCUACACUAUUCCUCUUUAAUUUGUCAUUCCCAGGAUAGUAGACCAUAUGAUUGUCUGAUUUAAAAUGGCCAAUAUCAGUACAUUCCAGUUCAUUAAUGCCUAGGAUAUGGAUCUCCAAGUGUUCCAUUUUAUUUUUGACAACUUCCACUUUUCUUUGACUCAUACUUUGUACAUUUCAUGUUCGAAUUACUAAUGGUUAUUUGCAGCUGUUUCUUCUCAUUUGGGUCAUGCCACAUCAGAAAACAAAAGUCCCAAAAGGUUUAACUUCAUCCAUGUCAUUAAGGUUGACUGUACUUUGAGGAGGCACCUCUUCCCCAAUUGUAAUUUGAGUGCCUUCCAGCCUAAGGGGCUCAUUUUCCAGCACUAUAUCAGACAGUGUUCUGCUGCCAUCCAUAAGGUUUUUACUGGCUAUUUUUUGGAUGUAAAUUGCCGGAUUCUUCUUCCUAGUCUAUCUUAGUCUGAACGCUCCACUGAAACUUGUCCACCAUGGGUGACCCUGCUGGCAUUUGAAAUACUAAUGUCAUAGUUUCCAGCAUCACAGCAACAUGCAAGCUACCACAGAAUGACAAACUGACAAGUGGUGGACAAAAAUGUUAAUAGUUAUUAAUUCUGGGUUUACAGUUGAUUGCAUUUUUUGUCUUGUUACUACAAAAGUGUAUUGUAUUUCUUUAAAAUUAGAAAAUUUUAAAACUUAUAUAAAGUCAAUAUCCUGAAUGCUUAUUAAAACUCUUUAUAUGAUAAAUUAUCUAAAAAAUUCCUUUUAAGAUUUUAGUACAAGGAAAAUGUCUUCUGAAAAACGGGUAUCUGAUUAUGAGAUUAUUUAAGCUGCCCGUGUCAAUUAUUUCUAAACUUUGGUCAUUUAAAAUAUACAGAAGAAUGAAAUUAUAUAGGAUAAUGUGCUUUCUUUUUCUCCUGCCUGCCAGGUAGCUCAAAGCUGAAUUGAAUAAAUAUAUUUACCCAGAGACCCUUUAACAAAGUUUAACCAUUCAAUAUUGUUAUUAUAAUAUGUCUGAGUUAUUAUGGUGCACAUUAAAAUCUGAUAACCACCGAUUCCAGUUUAUAUGACUGCUUUUUCUUCUUUUCUACAUGGUUUUAGAUUUUUUUCUUUGUUUCUAUUUUAGGACACUUAUAGUUUGUUUUUGGCUGGUUUAUAGUAUUAUGAGAUACCUUAGAUCCUUGGGGGAAAUGGAUGAUAUAGAUUACAUUAAAAAUGUUAAUGUGUUUUCCAUUAUUAUUUCAUGCACAACAGGGAACACUGACUUGAGAAUUGGAAAGGAAAAAACAAAAUAAGAAACAAAGACCCAUGUAGUAAUAACCAUCCCAAGAACCUCUGUAGGCAAAGCAUGUUCAAGCCCUUCUAGGGCUCCCUAAGACAUGAAGUUGAGAGUGAUGUGGGAGUACCCAGUAACAGAAACACCAACCCCAACAACCCAGAAUUAUUUUCUAAUAAAUGAUAAUAUUCUGAUAUUCUAAGUAAGAUCUGUUUGCUCCAUUUAGCCCAGAGUAGACUGGAUUACGUUAAUCUUUGGGAAUUACAGAGUUCUGCUGUAGAAUCCAUGAAUUGCUAAACAUAAAAAGCAAAGAAGGAAAAUGCAAAAUAAAAAUAUCUAUAAUUAAAUAAGAAACAGGUAUGUUUCCCUGUAAAAUGUACAUUAAGGACUGAUUCUUUUUUUAAAGAAUAACCUUUGAUAACAAUAUUUUUUCAUCCCCACUCCUAUCCCACUGGGGGAGGUAAGGCAGCAUGCAUGUUACAACCACAGGCUUUGGAAUCAGUCUGAAUUGGUUUCAAAUUCUAGGCCCCACACUUUCUGGGCAAGCUACUUUACUGCUCUGAACCACAGCUCCCCGGGAGUGAAAUAAUUGAUGGCACCUAACAACAACAAUUGAAUUGAAUAUAAAAUACUGUGAUUAUAAUUAUAAGAAUAAUUAUCAUAACCUUAAUAAUACCUGUAAUCUCAUUGCCUGAGUUAAAACAGGAAGGGAAUCUAUGCUUUGCUGAUGCAGAUUAAUUCAUUCAUCAGCUGUACUGGGGCCACAAUGGUGCAGGGGACUCUUGUGUCUUAGGUGCUGUGGAGACCCCCCAUAUUCAAGACCACAAGUAAAUAGGAAGUGAUCAAAGAGUCAACAAACAAUGAUUGUGCUAAGGAGGUUACAAAGAAUAGCAGCAUACACAAUAUCUCACCUCAGACAAGUACACAAAUUACAUCUUUUGUGUAGUAAAUUGAGCAAUUUUCCUAAAAGUAAAAUAUAUGGAAUUUUAAAAAAUCAAAAUAUGAUGCCCUAUUGUAAGAUUAACUUGACAGCAGUGGGUGGUUUUUAUUGUAAGAUACGUAUGCGUCUGUGUACACAUAUACUCAAGAGAUACUUGAAACUAACUAUAUACUUUUACCAUAAAAGACCUUGGUUUACCCAAACUAAUGCUCUUUCUAAAAAUGGGAACUCUUUAAUUAUGCUAGAUUUGGGGAAGCAACACCUGAUA